AAUCAAAUCAAGCGCAAAAGAGCCAGCUAAAACAGUGACCACAAAUAAACCAUUACUUGGUUCAAUGUUCAAGAAAGAGGAGGGAUCAUGGUCGUGUCCCGCAUGCUUGGUAUCAAAUAAAUCAGAUGUUCAGAAAUGUGCUGCUUGUCAAACACUGAAGCCAGGUCUGAAACCAGAGGAUGUUAAACAGACAGAUUCAAAAUCUUCCAACAUAUUGAUUCCACAUCAGUUAGGCUUGAAAAACGAUCACUAUCGAGGUGUCCAGUUUGGAAAUACAACAUCGGAUCAAAAAUCUGCUGCAGGCGUUUCCUUUCAAUCAGAGGCAAAACCAACAUCUGCUGCAGACAUCAAAUUUGGUCAGACAACAAAAGCAGCUGAUAGUACUAAUCCUGCUGCAGGAAGUGGAUUCAAUUUUGAUGGACCUACUGUUUCUACAGUAAAAACAACAACAGCUGAAGCAGAUACUGACAAACCUCCACUCAGUGGUUGUUUUGAAUUGGGAAAAUUACUGGAGUCUGACAAAAAUAAAGCAACACCAGGAGCAAAGAAAGUCUACUUUAGGUGUUCUCACGUUCCCAAAACAUCUAAACCUGGUUUCAGUUUUGGUGGAGAAACUAAGUCUAACAAUUCAAUAUUUACCUUUAAACCCAGUGCUCCAAUUGCUACGGCCUCACCCAGCCCAGCUGUUAUAGAAACAAACAACAAACCAGUAUCAUUUAAGCCUAACACGACAUUUGUUUCUUCAACAAGUAUCUCUAAACCUGAGCCUGCUAAAAAAGAUGAAAAGAAAGGAUUUGGGAAUCAGUUUAAACCAAAAGCAGGAAGUUGGAACUGUUACGGCUGUCUUGUUUCAAAUAAUACUAAUGUACUCAAAUGUCCUGCCUGUGGUACCCUGAAGCAAGGAGUUAAAAGGAAAGACCUACCAAAAGAAACAAAAGAGUUCUCAGCAUUUGGAAGCAGCACUGGUGGAUUUAACUUUGGUGGAAAAGGAGUUACUAAAGAGGAGGCUAAAGAAUCAGGUCAACAUGAAAAGAAGGAGGGAAAGAAAGGAUUUGGUGAUUUGUUUAAACCUAAAGAGGGUGCCUGGAAAUGUGAUGGCUGCCUUGUUUCAAAUAAUGGUGAUGUUCUCAAAUGUCCUGCAUGUGGUACGUUGAAGCCAGGAGUUAAAAAGGAAGACCUACCAAAAGAAAUGGAAAAGUCUUCCGCUUUUGGAAGUACCGCUGGUGGAUUUAAUUUUGGUGGAAAAGGAGUAUUCACUUUUGGAACAGCUGGCAUAUCUAAUACUAAUGCAGGCUCUGGAUUCACAUUCCCUACACCUGAUUCCACAAAGGACAAAUCUGAAUCAAAACCAGCCUUCGCUAGUUAUACUUUCACAACAACAAAAUCAGAUGCAGAGAAAAAUAAACCAGAUGCUGCAGCCAAAGGUUUCAACUUUACAUUACCAUCUGCUACACCAGGAAAGAGUAGGGGUAGAUUCAGUUUUACAUUGUCACCAUCAAAAGACGCAGGUCCAAAGUCUCCACCCACCGAUGCUGAUGGUACGUAUAUAAAUAAAGACGGAGAUGAUGGUCACAUUCAUUUUGAACCGAUUAUUGAACUGCCGAGUGCUGUUGAUGUUGUCACUGGAGAAGAAGACGAAGAAGUAUUAUUUCAACAUCGUACUAAACUGUUUAGAUUUGUUGAUGGUGAAUGGAAAGAACGCGGACUGGGUGACAUCAAAAUCUCCAAACAUAAAGAAAGUGGAAAAGUUAGACUUCUGAUGCGUCGAGCGCAAACUCAUAAAAUCUGUUUGAAGCAUUAUUUAACGCAGGAAUUAGAGUUAAAACCUAUGCCAAAAACUGAUGGAAAAGCAUGGAUUUGGUUUGCUAUGGAUUUCUGUGACGACGAACCUACAAUGCAACAAUUAGCUGUAAAGUUCAAAAAUCAAGAAAUAGCAACCGGCUUCAAAAAGGCAUUUGACGAUGCCAAAGUACAACUUGAAUCCUCUGUCACUACCCAGAAAUCACCAGUAAGCAGUGUUGGGGAUUCUGAUGAUAGAAAUGAUGGUAUUGAAUUUGUAAGAGAAGAGCAAGCUACAAAGGAGCAAAUAACAAUGGCAAGAAAGUUUGUGUUACCUGACCACUUCUAUUUAUAUGAGAAGAAACCAUCCUGUCCAGGGUGUAUUGGUUGCGAGGAUUACGAACCGGGGAAAAAAUCACCUGCCAAAUCUAAAAUUUUAGUUAAAUAGUAGAAUAUUAAAUAGUAUGUUGCCAAUUAGACCUAAGAGAUAUGGAAUUUAAUCGAAAUUUGUUUGUAUCUUGCAUUAAACACUUUCAUAGAUUAACAUUGAGAUAUUUUGUCUGAUAUGUAAAAAGGGCUGAUUGAAUGUCUGUACAAUAUAAUAUCUUUAGAAAAGUUUCACGGCAGAUAAAUAAUAAAUCACUUCAAAGUUUGAAUUAUCAUGCCAUUAAUAGCUCUUUUUUCAAAUACUAGUAAAUAUAGAUUUAAAAAUGAUCGUAAGUUAGAACUUUAAAAGAGUUUAUGACACAAUACAAUUAUUUAUCCUCUUAAGAUUUUUUUGCAGCUUUUGAUAAAUUGCGCACGAGACAAAAUAUCACAAGAGACCGAGAAGUAUUAUGUAACUAUAUUUUUUGCUCACCUGGCUCAAGGACCAGAGGAGCUUAUUUCAUCACUUGCCGUCCUUCGUCCAUCGUCGUCGUUAACUUUUACAAAAAAACUCCUCAAUUGAAACUGCUGGGCCAAAUUUAACCAAACUCGGUCACAUUCAUCAUAAGGGUAUCUAGUUUUACAAAUGUGUCCGAUGU